UCAGCGGGAUAACCCAACGCGUCCCAUCCACGCACCACCUCCCGGAGUGGACGCUCGCGGAGUUUCUGGGACAGCGGGAAAACUUAACUUCCCCCUUAAAAACAGAGAAUAAAAAAUAAAAUAAAAUAAAAUAAAAUAAAAGGCGGAGGGGAAUGAAAAGAAGUUGUCGCCGGAGGGUUCCCGUGGGGGCAGCGCGGGGGCGGCCGGAGCGCCCCGUCGGUCCCCUCCUCAGGCGGGGACAGGCUCCGCCUCCCCCGGGCUUAUGACACUGGAACCUCCUUAAGUUGCGUCUCGCCACAGCUGUCUGUAAGCACUGAGCCGGCUGGCGCCAUCCUGCUCCUUUCAGAAAGAAUGCCUUCCCUGUAAAAAAAAAAAAAAAAAGAGAGAGAGAGAAAGAAAAAAAAAAGAGAGAGAGGAAAAAAAAUAGAGAAAAAAAUUGGGCGAGCGAGAGAGCACAAUCUGAUCUGAUCAAGCACUUUCAGCUUCAUCCCUCCUGGGUCACAUACUGCUUCUCCACCAAGGUGAUCAAAGAAGACAAACAUCUGCAACAGAGCGGAAGAUACGAAGGGACCUCAAUUCGCAGAGAACUUUUUUCCCCGAUUUUUUUUUUGUUUUCCUUUUUUUUUUUGUCCUUUUCAAAUUUUAUUAUUUUCCCGGUUUUUUCUUUCCUUUUUUUUUUUUUUUUAAUUUUUUUCUUUUGGAAUCGAUCGUUUGUCACCAUCACCCCCCCUUCCUCCGCUUUAAAACAAACCUAACCAGAAACAUCCCCCAAACUCGCCGAGCACUUUUCCCCGCCCUGCAUUAACUCCAGCAGCGUCUCCCCCUCCGAUCUCAAGCCCUCCGCGCCUUGCUGAGGAGGAGGAGGAGGAGGAGGAAGAGCAGCGGCGGAGCAGCGAGCGCGGAAGAUGGAGGUCUCCACGGACCAGCCGCGGUGGGUGAGCCACCACCACCCGGCCGUGCUCAAUGGGCAGCACCCGGACUCGCAUCACCCCACGCUUGGCCAUACCUACAUGGACCCCACGCAGUAUCCUCUCGCCGAGGAAGUGGAUGUACUUUUUAAUAUCGACGGACAAGGCAACCCCGUCCCUCCGUACUACGGCAACUCCGUGAGAGCCACCGUGCAGAGAUACCCCACGGCCCACCACGGGAGCCAGGUGUGCCGCCCCCCGCUGCUGCACGGCUCGCUGCCCUGGCUGGAUGGGAGCAAGGCGCUGAGCAGCCACCACAGCGCUUCCCCCUGGAACCUCAGCCCCUUCUCCAAGACCUCCAUCCAUCACAGCUCACCGGGACCCCUUUCCGUCUAUCCACCCGCCUCCUCUUCCACUUUAUCCGCCGGCCACUCCAGCCCGCAUCUUUUCACCUUCCCGCCGACCCCUCCUAAAGAUGUGUCCCCGGAUCCGUCCAUCUCCACCCCUGGCUCCACUGGCUCCACCCGGCAGGACGAGAAGGAAUGCAUCAAAUACCAGGUGUCCCUGGCCGACACCAUGAAGCUGGAGUCCUCUCACUCUCGGAGCAGCAUGGCCUCUUUAGGAGGAGCCACCUCCUCCGCUCAUCACCCCAUCACUACCUACCCACCGUAUGUCCCAGAAUAUGGCUCUGGACUUUUUCCCCCCAGUAGCCUCUUAGGAGGAUCGCCAACCGGGUUUGGGUGUAAAUCGCGUCCGAAAGCACGGUCAAGCACAGAAGGCAGGGAGUGUGUAAAUUGUGGGGCUACCUCAACCCCCCUGUGGAGAAGAGACGGCACCGGGCACUAUUUGUGUAACGCCUGCGGACUCUAUCACAAAAUGAACGGGCAGAACCGGCCCCUGAUCAAACCCAAGAGAAGGCUGUCUGCAGCCAGGAGGGCGGGCACGUCCUGUGCAAACUGUCAGACCACCACUACCACCCUGUGGAGGAGAAAUGCCAACGGCGAUCCCGUCUGUAACGCCUGCGGGCUCUACUACAAGCUGCACAAUAUUAACAGACCCCUGACUAUGAAGAAGGAAGGAAUUCAGACCAGAAACCGAAAAAUGUCUAGCAAAUCCAAAAAGUGCAAAAAGGUCCAUGACAACCUCGAAGACUUUCCCAAGAGCAGCUCCUUUAACCCCGCCGCCCUCUCCAGACACAUGUCCUCCAUCAGCCACAUUUCACCUUUCAGUCACUCCAGCCACAUGCUGACUACACCGACACCGAUGCAUCCUCCAUCCAGCCUCUCCUUUGGACCUCACCAUCCUUCCAGUAUGGUCACUGCCAUGGGUUAGCAAGAGACUCCCCUGCUGAAUGCUUACAGUCUCAAAAUGAGAUUUACUUUAUAUACUUGCAUUUUUGCAGGCGUGUGGUUAUGGGUCUGACGUCCCGAAUCAAAUGGGAGGGGGAAAAAAAAAAAGGAUUAAAAAAAAAUAAAAUAAAAAAAAAAGUUAUUUGAAGGCAUAAGAGAGAGAAAAAAAUUAAAAACACAGAAAAAAACUACAAAAAGCACAAAAAAGGAAAAAAAAGAAAAAAAGAGAAAAAGCAAAAAAAAAAAGUUUUAAAAAAGUGAUGUUUGCCACUUUUUAAAGGAACUCACUAUGGCGUCUAUGUAUUCUUACCCACUGAAUCUGGAUACCAUUUGUGAAUAAGCCAUUCAGAACUUGCAUUCCCUAUUGGACAGGAUCUCUAGUGCUGUGAAAAAAAUAAAAUAAAAUAAAAUAAAAAACGCUGAACAUUGCAUAUAACUUAUAUUGUAAGAAAUACUGUACAUUUGAGGAAGACUUUAUUGCAUCUGAGGAGCUGUAAAGAAAAAAAAAGGCAUGAAGGACUCCGAGAGAAUUUUUUUUUAAAGGAAAAGAAAAAAAAAAA